UUUCAUGUAAAUCUGAAACAAACACCACAUCAAACAUAGUAUGUAAAGUCAUCAACAGAAUACCAUUUUCUUAUUACAGUUCUCGUCACUUUCUCUCCCAUGGCGGAUCAUAGAACUUCACUUUUCCGAUCUACUUCGCCAGGAAUGGACGCUCGAAUCUGGUGCCGGCUGCCGGAGCACCUCCUCGAGCACGUCCUCUCGUUCCUCCCGCUCAAGGCGUUCCUAAGCCUCCGGUCAACUUGUAAACACUUCAACUCUCUCAUCUUCUCUCCUUCCUUCAUUUCCAAACACUCUUCAUCUUCUUCUUCCUCCGAUUCAAACUUGGAUUCCUUUCUCCUGCUUUCCCAUCCCCAGUUCCGUCACCGGUACCGUCUCUUCGACACCAAGCUCCACAAAUGGCGCCGGCAAUCCAUCUGCCUCUCCUCCAGGCUCUCCGGCUUGCCAUCCGCCACUUCUCUUGUCUCCAUCUCCCGCGGCCUUCUCUGCUUCUCCACCGCAUCCUCCUUCCUCGUCUGCAGCCUCUUGUCAAGAUCUUCAAGAAUCGUGAAUUUCCCCGAAACCCCUUCCCCGUCCGCCUUCGACUUCAUCACAUUUGUUUCUUCCCCAAAUGGGUUCUCACUCUUCAUGCUCUCACCAACAGGCGCGUUCCUCUAUAAUUCCAGGCUCCAUCACUGGAACCGAUUCGACCGAGUCGACUCGGUUCUAGCAGACAGUUAUCACCAGGAAGGCGUCUUCUUCAACGGGAAAUUGUAUUUCACAACGACAGAGCCCUUUUCGAUCGUGGGAUUCGAUUUGGAGACCGGGAAAUGGGAGAGGGAAACAAUCGAGUUGCCAGAGGAGCUUACGUUCGUGAGAUUGAUGAGCAACGGCGGCGAGAAACUCUACUUGGUGGGCGGAAUCGGGCAGAACGGAAUCUCGAGGAGCCUGAAGCUGUGGGAACUGAGUCUGAAUUGGGUCGAGGUCGUGACCGUGCCGGAGAUGAUGUGCCGGAAAUUCAUGUCCGUUUGCUACCACAAUUACGAGCACGUCUAUUGCUUCUGGCAUCAAGGUUUGGUUUGCGUUUGCUGCUACAACUGGCCGGAGAUUUUGUACUACAAGGUCUCCAGAGGGACCUGGCAUUGGCUGCCGAAAUGCCCGGCGUUGCCGGAGAAAUGCAGCCUCGGAUUCCGGUGGUUCUGCCUCAUUCCUCAGCUCCAUGCUUCUGUUUGAAUCGGUCCUGAGAUGUGCUUCAGAUCGAAUACACCAGUGCCCCUGUUCGGCUGGCUGUUGGACUCCUGAAUCGAUCUUGAUAGUUUUGAUUUUCGUUUUGUUUCUGGAUUAACGUUUGUGAGACUGGGAUUUCGUUCAGUUUACUUGAAUUACUUUGUCA